AUGCUGUUAAGGAAGGUGAGGAUGGUGCUGCCCGAAGACCUGCAACAAGCUAUCCGCCAGGACGUGAUUGAAAUUGGCGAGGUGGUGGGCCGCCUUUGUCCGUGGAGCGACACUUUUGACUUUAAGAUUGAGGUUAUCGGGGAGAACAGCUGCUCAAGGUGGCAUCGCGACAACUACUGCGCGAGGGCCAUCGUCACAUACAAUUCGGUCGCGACGGUCUACACGCCAGAUGAUAAUGUCAACUUCUGGGAGCUGGAAAAUUGUGGUGUCAACGAUCACAUCAUCAAGGAUCCCACCAGAGUCGUCUCAGUCCCGGUGGGUGACGUGUUCUUCAUGAAGGGCAACAAGUUCCCAUGUGGUCCAAAGGGUUUAGUCCACAAGUCUCCCGAGAUUCAGCGCCACUACAAUGGCCUGGUUGUGAACCGCUUGGUUCUGAAAGUUGACGUCCCUUAG